AUGAGUGAGCUGGUCUUUUACAGAUUCUUGUGUGCAGAGUUGUCGAUGGGAGCUCCGACCAGCCGUCUGCGUGGGUUUCUUCAAGCAGUGACUUUUUGCAGACAUGUCAUGGAUGUGGUAGAGCUGCAGCCCAUCAUGGACAGCAGAAGAUGCAAAGGUACAACUCAUGACGAGAAUGUCAAAGAGCGCAAGCAAGCUAGCCCGCUCAGCGUGCAGGAGUUGCUGAAGCUCCACUCCAUGGUGGAGGACCCCACGGACAUUUGGAAUGCCCUAAUUGCAGGGGCCGCAUUGCUGUGCUGCUACUGCAGGGGCAGGUGGGGCGACUUGAUGCGGAGCGAGAUGGCUUUCGUAGACUAUGACGAUACAGGUCACCCUGCAUUCCUGGAGACUCGGACAGGGAGGCACAAGACAAUGGCAGCUCAGAUGCAUCGGCAUCAGUUUCUUCCAAUGGUGGCUCCAGUCAGAGGGGUCAAUGGCAAGGACUGGGCUACACCAUGGAUCGAACUUCGCAGGUCAAAAGGUUUGACAUUCCCGCCGGAAGGGCUGGUGAUGCCCGCUCCAGAUCAACAUGGGCAGGCCACCGAAAGGCCGCUAGAAUCCGGAGAGUGUGGAAAGUGGUUGCGGAAGUUGCUGGACGUUGCGCCCAUGUCAGAAAGCUCUGAUGGACGCCGAGUCAGCAGCCACAGCCUCAAAUGCACCAUGUUGUCAUUUGCAGCAAAGCGUGGGUUGCCAGUUCCUGACAGACUCAUGUUGGGGUAUCACUCAUCUAGCAUGCAGAUGUCUCUUGUGUACUCUAGGGAUGGAGCUGCUGCAAGCCUGUUGCUUUUGGAGCGUUUGAUUGAUGAAAUUGUCAAAGGGAAGUUCAGACCAGACAGUACCCGCAGUGGCCGCAUUGUCGAGUCACCCGAUGAGUUGCCGGGCGCCCAUCUCAGCCAUGUGAAAGUGGAAGUUGUCAAUUCGUCAGAUGAUGAUGCUGCAAGCAAUCAAGAUGUUGAGGCCGUCUUUGGUGGAGGCUUCACUUUGGGGCAGACGUCAAUGUUACGGAGGCUUCACUUCGAAUCGACAACAUUGAUGAUAGCCUCGGUCAAGCAGAGAGUUGACGGAGAGUCUUCAGAUAGACCUGACAGUGUAAAGCGCAUUCCAGUUGCAGAAAAGCGCUACAGGUUGGAGCAACAGGAGCAGAGGCUGGCAGGCAUAGCCAUCUCAGGCAGUGCCAGGCUCACUCGAGUUGCUAGAGAAGCAGGGUUCCAUGGCUUAGCCAUUGACCAUUCUUCGAGCCGAUCAUGUGGCAUUGACAUUUGCAUUUUCGAGUUGGAAGAUCAGACUCAAGUAGAUGAGUCGUGCAAAUUUUUGAAAGAAGAAGCAGACAACAUUGCAGCAGUCUGGAUAGCACCAUCGUGCGGGACAGCAAGUCGUGCACGUGAGCGGAAGCUGCCCCAGCUCACACGUCUUGGGGUGGCGGAGCCAAUACCUCUCAGGUCCAAAUCCCAGCCUGACCAAAUUGAUGGGCUGGAGGGUACAAACAAGUUGAAGGUCGAGAAGGCCAACAUGUUGUACGAUGCUGUUGAACAGAUUGCACAAACCUCGUGCAAGGCUCAGAUUUUCACUGCAAUCGAAAACCCAGGCAAUAGUCAUUACUGGGGAACCACACCCAUGCUGAACCUCGUGGAGCAAUUUGGUGACCAAUAUGUCAGCUUCCACAACUGCUGCCACGGUGGUGAACGUGACAAGCUUACGUCUGUUUGGGUGUGUGCGGAUUGGCUGGACAGAGCCAAGGUAAAGCCGCUGGUUGCAGAGUUUGGUUCCUUUACAGCAGCAAUUGCACCCUUACAGCAGUCACAGUGUGUUGAAGAAUUUUUGAGACAGCAGCCCAAAGGAAGCAAAGUCACCUCUCGACAGCUCUUGACAAGGGGUAAAAUCCGGGUCGAGGGUGAGGGUGUUUCUCACCAUUUUCUUGCAAACUCAAAGGAGCUGCCAGAUGAUGCCAUGGUUGAAUUGUGCUGGAUUGGUUUGCCAAGCGAUCCAGAUGAUUUUGUGCUGCGAGCUCUGAGAGCGGGACAUCCGCGUGGGAUGGACGUCCAUGUGGAUGCAGCCAUGGCCUCAGUCGUGAAGGCCAACCUGGUCGACCCGCCUUUUUGUUUGGCCAAGAAAAGGGUUGAGGCGGAGUUGGAGCAAAACAGCAGUUGGGCUUGUGAAUCUUUGUUUUCUUUGCUUGGCAUGAGAUAUGCGACAGAAGGAAAGAAGUUCCUUCCGUUCGACAGCCUUUUCCGUACGUUGGGCCUGGAAGUGGACGUGUCUCAGUUCAGUGAUGGACGGGCGUUUGUGGGGCACACAGAAAGCAGGAAGGAGGAGCUGGGUGCUCAGCUGAAACAGGUGCUAUCCAAUGGAGCACUGAGUCCCAAAGAGGCCGAGAAGCUUCGAGGGAGGAUGAUCUUCUUUGAAGGCUUCACCUUCGGGAGGGUUGCCAACUCCAGCACCAAGACUUUGGGGCGUUUUUGUGGAAGCUCCAACAAGCCCAAACCUUUGGACGCUGAAAUGACCAGGGCACUAGGUUUUCUGCAGCAAAGGAUCAGCGAUGGCCGGCCGCUUGAAAUCCAGCGAAACUUACACAGUACAUGGCUGGUCUUCACAGAUGGCGCUUGCAAUCAAGAAGACAUGACAGGGUCGGUUGGUGGGGUCAUCUACGACCCAUCCGGCUCCUGUGUUUCUUUCUUUGGCGAAGCUGUGCCAACAGCAAUAAUGGAAGACUUGUUUAGACGAUCAAAGAAUCCAAUCCAUGAGCUAGAAGUUCUUCCGGUGCUGAUUGCAUCGCUCGCUUGGGGCCACCACUUCACUUGUGCACAGGUGGUGUACUAUAUCGACAAUGAGUCAGCCAGAAUGGCUUAUAUCCGAGGUACUGGCGAAACAGUGCGAGCAAGCUUGUUGGUGCAAUCGUUUGUUGAAAACGAGGCGGCACAACAACACCGUGUCUGGUUUGGCCGUGUACCGAGCCAUAGCAACCCUGCAGAUGCACCAAGUCGCCUAGAUCACAGUCAUGUCCUUGCAAAGGGCGCGAGCCAAACCAACAUUGAUUGGGAGAAGGUUUCACGCCACCUUGGACUUUGA